ACCAAGAUGAUGAGCUAAAAGAAAAGACCCUUGAGUGCUUACUGCAACAACAACAACAACAACAACAACAACAAGCCUUUAUCCCACUAGGUGGGGUCGGCUACAUGGAUUGCAAGACGCCAUUGUGCUCUAUCAUUUAUUAAGCUUUUAGAAAUAUUAUUAAUUAAGAGAUCACGUUCAACAACUUCCAAGAGUGUUCUCUUAGGCCUUCCUCUACCUCUCUUAAUCGGACUCAAAGUUAUAUGUUCCACUCUUCUCACUGGUGCCUCCCUUGGUCUUCUUUGUACAUGCCCAAACCAUCUCAACCGAUUUUCUAUCAUUUUUUCCUCAAUAGGUGCCACCCUCACUUUUUCGCGUAUGUGCUCAUUUCGAAUUUUAUCUUUACGUGUAUGUCCGCACAUCCAUCGUAACAUUCUCAUCUCUGCUACUCCAACUUUAUGCUCUUGCUGUCCCGUUAGAGCCCAGCAUUCACUACUAUAUAACAUUGCCGGUCUGAUAGCAGUACGAUAAAACUUUCCUUUAAGUUUAUUAGGCACCUUACGGUCACAAAUAACUCCUUUAGCUUUUCUCCAAUUAAACCACCCAACUUGAAUUCUAUGUGAAAUAUCUCCACUGAUUUCGCCAUCAUUUUGAAUAAUGGCUCCCAAAUAUCUAAACUUUUUCACUUGAGGUGCUUACUGCAUGGCCGAAAAUCCUGAAACUGAUGAAACUUGGUGGACAUUCUGGUCAUGCGUUCAAAAACUUCAAAAACAAAUAUUAUAGAUUUAAUUCAUAAAUCCAAUGAUGAAUCAACCAGUUACUUCAUCAGCCUCUAGAUGCGCAUGAGUAAAGCUUGACGACUAGAUCAAGAGCGAUAUGCAGCCUACAAGACUAGCAAACAUUGUAUGUCACGGAUGUCUGAACCGAUUAAUUGUCAAUGUGUGUGAAUUUUUAAGAGUCUGUGAUUUAUGAAUGUAUACAAUUGUUCAGUUUUCUUGAACUCUUAGGAUAUUGGGUUUAGCAUAUCAUGUUUUCACAGGCAGAUCACAAGUAUAUAUUGCAACUUAUCUGCAGGAAGAUAUGGGACAUAUCAAACUAAUACCUCGCAACAUGUGUGAAACUUGUAUAUAGCAUAUUUUUGUAAUUGCUGGAAGGUGUCAUGAACUGAUGUACGCGCAACCUAUAUACUGUAUGUGCCCUGCAUUAAGAAAAAGAAGAUCAGAAAAACGAAUUUGGCUUUUUUUUUUUGGUAGGUGACACGAACAGUUAAUCUAGUUAUGACCAAGAUUCUCAAAUUAAGUUUAAAAUCUCCUCACUUUUAAAUGCUGAUUGAGUUAUGGCGCGAUCAUCAUCUGAUUUGUUAUUAAUAGAAAGAAAGCAAAUUCCCCUAAUAGUAUUAAAUUUUGAUAUAUUUUGCGUUUACAAUCAAAUCAUUAAUUCUCAUUAAUCAUAGACUACUAUCUAGAUAAAUUUUGGUCUGGCUAUUCAAGGUAAAACAGGCUCCCAAUCUUGUGCAAAUUCGCAUGCUUUUUAGUUUUUACCUCUUUUUAUCGCUGCAUAUGCAAUCUGCUGCAGAAAAAAAAUUCAAAUUCGAUUCAAUGGUCUUACUUCGGAAGGGAAUGCAGAUUCAAAAUUACUAUAACUCAGAAGCAUUCAAGUCAAGAAGCAGCUUUUCUCAAGGAACCAUCUCGGAGACAAACAGAAACUCGUUCUUGAUACCAAAAUCAAAGGCAGAGAUCAAAUUACUCGCAGCUAAAAAACACAGCGAAGCAGAGAAGAGACGCAGGAUGCGAAUCAAUGGCCAAUAUGCCACCCUUCGCACCAUCCUCCCCAACUUGGUGAAAGUGGACAAGGCAUCGGUACUGGCUGAGACUAUAAGGCAGGUAAAGGAGCUGAAGAAGAAUGUAUCCGAAUUGGAAGCAAUUAGUGCUAAUAGUUCAGGUGAGAUCACAGUGUUUCCCAGUGAAGUAGACAAGUUGAAAUUGGAACACUGUAAAGAUGAGGAGGGUCUUAUGAAGGCGACCUUGAGUUGUGAGGAUAGGCCAGGGUUGAUGUCAGCCAUGACAAGGGCUCUUAAGUCUUUGAGAGCCAAGGUGGUAAAGGCUGAGAUGGUGAAUGUAGGAGGGAGAAUCAGAGAAGUGUUAUGGGUUCAGGGCUUGGAAAAUGGAAAUGAAGGGAUGGGUGUCCUGAAGAGGACUCUGAAGGUUGUCAUGCACAAGCCAACUCUCAAGAUGCAUCGUCUGACUCGCACAGGAUAACAAUCACUCUGUACGUGUAUUCUGUUGAAGGGAGGCUAUAUAAUGUACUGCUAAGUGCUAACCAUGGCUUACUCAAUCAACAUCUUAUCUGCAACCUUUCACAUUCAAUCCAGAUUCACGGUGUGGUUAAUGAAAAUUUGAGUUGUCCUUUUUUCCUUCUUGGAACAA